AUGUCAGCAGAAGAACAGGUCACCAAGACACUGCCGUCCAACCUGCCCCAGUCAGUGCCAAGCGCAAUAAGAGCUGCUGGCGCAAGCACGACAAAGGUUGAACGACAGACGCCAGUCCAUGGUGGCCUCAAACCAGAGCGACCACCUCUCCCACGAUUCACAACGAGUCAUGAAAACGUCCUUGCUCAGUUCUUCAUUGGAGCUCUCGAUCAAGGAACGACUAGUACACGUUUUAUCGUCUUCGAUGGCGUUGGCCAGCCUGUCGCGAGUCACCAGCAUGAAUUCCAGCAGCACUAUCCCGAGUCAGGAUGGCACGAACACAAUCCGAAAGAGCUAGUUGCGAGCGCAGAAGCAUGCAUGAAGAAGUGCAUCACAUCCUUCACAGAGCUUGGACAUGAGAUCCGCGAUAUUCGAGCGAUUGGUCUCACCAACCAGCGAGAGACUGCGCUUGUAUGGGACAACGAAACCGGCGAACCAUUGCAUAAUGCAAUCGCAUGGCCUGAUACUCGAACGAAAGGUCUCGUUCGAGAGUUGAAGCAGAAAGAGACCGAGCUAGGCCUGGACCUCUCUGAAAUGACUGGAAUGCCACUGUCCACAUACCCUUCAGCAGUGAAGUUGGUCUGGCUGCUCCGCCACGUACCAGAGGUGAAGGAGGCAUAUGAUCAAGGACGACUUGCUUUUGGGACUGUCGAUACCUGGUUGCUGUACAAUCUCAAUGGCAAGAAGAAGGAGUACUUCGUGACAGACUCCACCAAUGCAUCGCGAACGAUGUUCAUGAAUCUACAUACUGUCCAAUACGAUCGAAAGCUUCUGGAAUUCUUCGAUCUUGACAUCGAUAAGCUUCAUUUACCACGUAUCGUGCCUUCCUCGGAUCCAGACGCAUACGGUCGCGUAGCAUCAGGCCCACUCGAGGGCAUGCGGAUAGCAGGCUGUCUUGGUGACCAGUCAGCAGCUUUGGUCGGGCAGCAAGGAUUCACACCAGGCUCAGCCAAGAACACAUAUGGUACGGGUUGCUUCCUUUUAUACAAUGUCGGCGAGAAACCAGUCAUCUCCAAGCACGGUCUGCUUGCAACAAUCGCGUACGAUUUCGGGCGUCAGCGAAAACCUGUGUAUGCACUUGAAGGAUCAAUUGCUGUUGCGGGAUCAGGCGUCAAAUUCCUCAUGAACAACCUUGGAUUCAUUACUCAUUCACACAAGAUAUCCGACCUCGCGGCCACGGUGGAGGAUAAUGGCGGAUGUGUGUUUGUAACGGCAUUCUCGGGACUUUUCGCACCAUACUGGAUCGACGAUGCAAAGGGAACGAUAUUCGGAAUCACACAGCAUACGCAGCGAGGGCAUAUAGCGCGAGCCACUCUGGAGGCCACAUGCUUCCAAACAAGAGCAAUCCUGGACGCUAUGGAGAUGGAUAGCGGGCACAAGCUUUCAAACUUAGCCGUCGACGGAGGCAUGUCCAACUCGAAUCUCUGCAUGCAAGCGCAGGCCAACAUCAUCGGCAUUCCUGUGGACCGUCCUGCCAUGUGCGAGACCACAGCACUCGGCGCGGCAAUCGCGGCUGGAUUCGCUGUCGACGUCUGGAAAGAGUUUGACGAGCUCAAAGCGAUCAACCAGAAGGACAGGAGAAUUUUUACGCCCGAUGUCAGCCCAGAAGUGUCGGAGAAGAUGUUCAACAAAUGGAGUCGUGCUGUGCAAAUGUGUCGCGGCUGGCUUGACGCUGAUGAAGGUGGAGGAGAUUUCGAAUAG